AUGGUAAGUGCCGCAUCGCGCUGCCGACGGCAGCACUUGUUCCAGGCUUUGCUCGCAUCGUUUGUGUACCUCGGCUUCUGGCACAGCACGUCACUUUUCGUCACCCGCGGCUUCCGCGUGCAGCGGAAGGCAACGAAGGAGGACGACGGGCCAAGCCGCGACUUCUCCGACCCGAUAGCGAAGGCCUUUUCAGCCGGGCCUCCGUUGCGGAUCACAGAUGGAGGCCUGCAGCCGGAUCUCUUCAGCAAGGCCGAGGGUUCGCGAGUGAAGUGGGGCGUACUCAAGGAGGAUGUUGGCAUCAUCGAUCGAAGCGACGCAGCAGAAAGGCGUCGGGCCGAGCUUCGCGAGAAGGCAGCGCGGGAACUCGUAAACAUUGAUGAUGCAGAACGUGAACGGCGGAAGGUGGCAGGUUAUGCAAUGGCUGUUGUUUCUGUGCUGUUCGCAGCGUAUUUGCUUGGAACCUCGGCGCCGUGGUACAGCCGAACGGCGCUGUUUCCAAUCGUCGCCUUGUCGGGAGGUUUCGUGACAUCCGCUGAGGACGGAGGGCCUCUGAAAUAUUGGUCAAGCUGGACUCUGGGACGUGGAUGGAACAGGAAGCUUCGCGAGAAAGUGAAUGCCUUCAACCAGAAGUCGCCUGUCAUCCCUGCGAUCGUCACUCUGGCCUUCAUCAUCCUGCCAGAGAUUGCUCAGUCGGCCGCGCCAACCACAGGAACAACCGAUGCGCCGGAGCAACCGCGGCCACCGUCUGCUUCAGGGGACGAGCACAGGGCGAACCUUUCAACGGCUGGCCUCCGAGCCUUGGCGCGAGUUCGACGGGAGGUGCCUGUGGACCUGCGCCUCAACAGCGAGGAACUCCGUCGUGCCGCAGAUGUCGCUGCACUGAUUGAGGCUUGUGCCUCCGCGCUUCAGCGCGGUGGCCAGUCUCCUAAGACCUUGGCGCUUGGCCCAUGGGGACAAGAGCCAGGAUCGGACGCUGAAGCUCCAGAAGCGGCGAUUCAGGCGUUCAUCCGCUCGAGUCCAACCUGGACCUGCUGGGCCCUGCGAAGCGUCUCAAUAGUUGAGAUACGUGGUAUAGCCGAUUGCGCGCCCUUGCUGGGCGCGGCACUUCGUCCCUGCGCAGUGCGGAUACUUCGAUUACAGCACCUGGCUUUGCGAGGAGCCAUAACGCCUUUGUUGGAGGCUUUCUGCAAAGACCAGCCUCGGCAGCUAGAGAUCCUGGACCUGAGUGGCAAUGGGUUCACAGACGAAGAUGCGGUGUCUCUGUUGUCGCUGACAACCCCCCGAGAAGGACAAAGCCAAGCAGCUUUGGAACUCGAAGGGUUGGUCUUAAGUGCGAAUCCGUCCAUGUCCUAUGCCACAUGGCAGAGCCUGGUAGCAUCUCAACUCCGCGAGAGUCUGCGACUGCUGGAUCUUUCAGAAUGUGGUGUUGGACCGGCGGGGGCCCAGCUUUUGGCACAGCUUCUGGAGACUUCGCCGCUGCGGGACCUUUCGCUGUACAGAUGCGGCAUUGAUAGAGCCGGGGUAUUGCGGCUCGUCACAGCAGCGGUGUCCUUGCGAUCACUGGACUUGACGGCCAAUGCCCACCACGUGGAGGGCUGGAUGCAGGCUGUUGGCCAACCGGUUGCAAGUGCUCUUCUUGGUGCACCUCUUAAGGUGCUGACCUUGAGCUGUUCUGAGAAGGUGAUGCAGGACCGGCAAGAGGAGUUCUCGAAAGCUGCCCUGCGUGACCACUGGCUUUUUGUUUCCCUGUUCUAUCCACGGGAUAUUAUCUCGAAGCACCCUGCGCGCACACCACUGCAAAAGAUGCUGGAAGAGGGUGACAUCCCACCGAACCAGACCUUGUACGUCAAUGGGCUGAACGAGAAAAUCAAGGUAUCCGAGUUGAAGAACUGCCUCCUGGAACUCUUCUCCAGCUAUGGUGAGGUCAUUGACAUCGUUGCAGCUGCAAGCCUCAAGAAGAAGGGUCAGGCCUUCGUGGUCUUCAGAGACAUAUCUUGCGCUACGAACGCGCUUCGGUCGUUGAAUGGCUUCGUGUUUUUGGACAAGCCCAUGAAGAUCAACUACUGCAGGACGAAAUCAGACGUCGUUGCUCACGAGGACGGUACUUGGAAGCCUCGUGCAAAGCUUGAAGCCCAGAAGGAGGAAGCAAAAAGGGCGAAGACAGCACCAGCGCUGGUCGCCCCAAAGAGCGUCGCGCCCAAGAUGGCAGCCCACCCGGCAGCAGUGGAAGGCGGAGGAGCAGACGGUCAACCUUCCAAUGUACUCUUCGUGGAAAACCUGCCAGCAGAGGUGAACGAGCUCAUGCUCACCAUGCUCUUUAGGCAGUAUCCUGGCUUUCAGGAGGCACGACUCAUCAAGGGUCGCAACGUGGCCUUCAUCGAGUACUCGGACGAACUGCAGGCCGGAAUCGCCAAGCAUGGUCUGCAGGGCUUCAUGGUGACGCCAGACAUGGCCUUGAAGAUUGCCUUCGCAAAGCAGUGA